AUGGAGAACAUUGAAGAACAAAGGGCGUGCCUUGAGUCACCACUGCUUGCUCAAGAUAAUGCAUUGGAAGUUCGAAAGGGAUCUGUCAAAGAUGAGAUCCUGGCGGAGGUGAAGAAGCAAUUGUUGUUAGCAGGGCCUCUUGUGUCAGUCAAUUUCUUGGUAUUUGCUUUGCAGGUUAUCUCAGUAAUGUUUGUGGGUCAUCUUGGGAACCUACCACUUGCUGGUGCUUCCAUGGCAACUUCCUUUGCUUCAGUAACUGGUUUUAGCUUGCUGAGAGGAAUGGCAAGUGCGUUGGAUACAUUCUGUGGUCAAUCUUAUGGAGCUAAACAGUAUCACAUGCUUGGAAUUCACUUACAAAGUGCCUUAAUUGUUAUGUUAUUGGUUAGCAUUCCCCUUGCUUUUAUCUGGGCCAAUGCUGGUGACAUUCUUUUGUUCUUCAAACAAGAUCCUGAAAUAUCAGCUGAAGCAGGACAAUACGCUUAUUUCAUGCUGCCAAGCAUUUUUGGUUUCGCUAUCCAAGAAUGCCAUAUCAGAUUCUUACAAACCCAAAACAAUGUAGUUCCAAUGAUGGUUAUGUCAGGAUUUACAACAUUGUUUCACAUCGUUACUUGCUGGAUUCUGGUGUUCAAGUCUGGCCUUGGAAAUAAAGGCGCUGCUUUGGCAAACACCUUCUCUUACUGGAUUAAUGCUUUACUGUUAAUAAUAUAUGUCAGACUCUCUCCCUCUUGUAAGAUGACUUGGACAGGCUACUCAAAGGAAGCCUUCCAUGGCAUUGCCAAGUUCUUAAGACUAGCAAUUCCUUCUGCUAUUAUGCUCAGCUUGGAAGUCUGGUCAUUUGAGAUGAUGGUUCUAUUAUCUGGCCUUCUUCCCAAUCCAAAGCUUGAAACAUCAGUUUUGGCAAUCAGCCUUAAUACAUGUUCAACAAUUUAUAUGAUACCUCUUGGGCUUAGUGCUGCAGUGAGCACUAGAGCUUCCAAUGAACUAGGAGCUGGACGACCGCAAGCUGCUUCCCUAGCGGUCUGUGUUGCAGUGGCCAUGGUGGCCACUGAAGGAAUUUUGGCAGGUAUUGUCUUCAUUUUGGGUCACAAAGUUUGGGGCUAUUUCUACAGCAAAGAUAAGCAAGUAGUGAAAUAUGUGGGAGAAAUGUUGUUGUUGAUUGCAACCUCCCAUUUUGUUGAUGGAAUUCAAUCUGUGCUUACAGGCGUUGCUAGAGGAUGUGGUUGGCAGAGGAUAGGGGCCUUGAUUAAUCUCGGAGCAUAUUAUCUUAUGGGUAUUCCUUCUUCAAUUAUUCUAGCUUUUGUUUACCAUAUUGGAGGGAAGGGACUAUGGACAGGAAUUAUAGUGGCACUUUUUGUGCAAGCAUCAUCUUUAGCCAUUGUAACUCUCAACACCAACUGGGAGCAAGAAGCAAAGAAAGCUACUGAUAGAGUGUGUAGCACAACAAAUUCAACAGAUGCAUUGUCAUAAAGAGAAAAGAUGACUUUGAAUGUAGUACUAUUAGUUUCAAAAUUCCAAGGCCUCUUUUGAAGCAACAGGAAAUUUGACGACCAAAAUAGGGUGCCGAUUCCCUACACUGAUUAUGUGAUAAGUUUUAGUUUCCAGUUAGAAACAAAGCAAAGUUCUUUAACUACAUUGAA